UCAAUAUUCUUUGAUCUCGAGUAUUGGAAAUACCUUCCUGUGAGGCAUGCCCUAGAUGUUAUGCACAUUGAGAAGAAUGUUUGCGAUAGUAUCAUUGGUACAUUGCUGGAGAUCCCUGGAAAAAAUAAAGAUGGGAUUGCUGCUCGAUUAGAUUUAUUGAACAUGGGGGUCAAAACUGAUUUGCAACCCGAGUAUGGAGAAAGACGUACUCGUUUGCCUCCUGGGCCUUGGAAUUUGUCAAGAGCAGAGAAGAGAGAGGUUUGCAAUUCUUUCUAUGGUAUGAAGGUCCCUGAAGGUUAUUCUUCAAAUAUUAAAAAUCUUGUAUCUUUACAAGAUUCAAGACUUCUUGGCCUUAAAUCACAUGAUUGUCAUACCUUAAUGCAACAAUUGCUCCCUGUGGCAAUUCGUUCUGUUUUGGAGAAGCCUGCAAGGUAUGCAAUAACUCGUUUGUGCUUCUUCUUCAAUGCUAUAUGUGCAAAGACUGUUGAUGUUUCCAAGCUAGAUAAGUUGGAAGAAGAUGUAGUAGUUACUCUGUGUUUGCUUGAGAAGUACUUUCCCCCUUCAUUCACCAUGGCAUCCAACAACUACCAAUGGCCGAGUGAGAGAAUGAAUCUAAAACCAGCUGGGGUCUUGGAAGUCGAUGCUAUGGCUUUGCUAACAGCACAAAUUUCUAACCUUACUAAAAAAGUUGAUUCUUUAAGUGUUAAUGCUAUAAACACUAGUACUAAUUUUGGUUGUGAACUUUGUGCAGGCCCUCAUCCAAGUUCAGAGUGUACCAAAGGGAACCCAUUUGCGUCCGCUGAGCAAGUCAAUCAGGUUGGAGAAUUUAAUCGACAAAGGAAUAAUCCUUAUUCCAAUACAUACAACCCCGGUUGGCGAAACCAUCCAAAUUUUUCAUGGAGCAACACUCAGAAUGUGCAGAGACCACCACCUGGUUUUCCGGCUCAAGAGAAGAAAAUAAAUUUGGAAGAUGCGCUUACUCAGUUGACUAUGUCUACCACCCAAUUCAUGACUGAAACAAAAACCCAAUUUCAGAAUCAGCAAGCUUCUAUUCAGAAUUUGGAAGUGCAAGUUGGCCAAUUAGCUAAUGUUAUAAGUGGAAGAAACCAAGGAGUAUUUCCAAGCCAACCUGAAGUUAACCCGAAAAAUCAAGAACAAGCAAAGGCAAUCACUCUUCGUAAAGGGAAGCAAGUAAAUACAGCAGUCGACUUGGAACAAGAAGCAUUAGAGAAAGAAAAAGAAGCUAAGAAGUCUGCAGCAGAAAUGGGGCAUGCAUCUUUACCACCAAUCACCACCACAGAAAAAUCCCAAGAAGAAGAAAAUUCUAUACCAAUUCCUUCUCCUCCACUGAAGCCAUAUGUCCCACAAAUCCCUUUUCCGCAGAGGUUGGGAAAAAAUAAAGUUGAUGGGCAGUUUGCAAAAUUCUUGGAGAUGUUCAGAAAGUUACAGAUCAACAUUCCUUUUGCUGAAGCUUUGGAACAAAUGCCAAGUUAUGCAAAAUUCAUGAAAGACAUUCUCUCCAAGAAGAGGAAAUUUGGAGAGCACGAGAAAAUCCAACUGACAGAAGAGUGCAGCGCCAUCCUACAACGGAAGCUUCCACCAAAACAAAAAGAUAGAGGAGUUUUAAAAUUCCAUGCACUAUUGGAAAUAAUUUCUUUGAAAGAGCUUUAUGUGAUUUGGAUGGCGGACAGGUCAAUCACAUACCCAGAUGGAAUUAUAGAAGAUGUUCUAGUAAAGGUUGAUACACUCAUAUUUCCGGCGGAUUUUCUGGUUUUGGAUAUGGAAGAAGAUUCUGACAUGCAUCUAAUUUUGGGCCGCCCAUUCUUGAUUACUUCACGCACUCUGAUUGACGUAGAAGAAGGGUUACUAACUUUGAGAGUUGGGAAUGAAAAAGCAACAUUCAAAGUUUUUGAAGCAAUUAAAUUUCCAAGAGAAGCGGAGGAUUGUUUUCACAUGGAAUUAAUUGAUGAAAUUGCUUCAGACACAUUUAAAAAGGAGAAUCCGAGCCAUCCAUUGGAAUCUACAUUGGUCCAUGCUGCUACCUCCCAAGAUGACAACCCCUUGGUUGCUGAAUAUGCCUUAUAUUUGGAUGCAUCACAACCAUACCACCCAAGGCGAAGGAAUCAGUUCGAACCACUAGGAGCGGCACCUCCUAAGGCUGCACCUUCGGUGAUUGCUGCACCCACACUUACUCUGAAGCCAUUGCCAACACAUUUGAGGUAUGCUUAUUUGGAAAAUUCUGAAACUUUACCAGUUAUGAUUGCUACCAAUUUGAAUGCUAGAAAGACUUGCUGGGCAUGCCUAUUACUCCUAGACGGAUACUCAGGAUAUAAUCAAAUUCCUAUCGCGCCUGAAGACCAAGAAAAAACGACCUUCACAUGUCCAUUUGGAACUUUUGCCUAUUGCCGUAUGCCUUUUGGGUUAUGUAACGCUCCUGCCACUUUUCAACGUUGCAUGAUGAGCAUUUUCUCGGACAUGGUGGAGCGAUUUAUUGAGGUAUUUAUGGAUGAUUUCUCUGUUUUCAGUUCAUCUUUUGAUUCUUGUUUGGAUAAUUUGGCAUUGGUGUUAGCAAGGGAUCAUGCAGCUUUGAAAUUUUUGCUUGCCAAGAAGGAAGCAAAACCAAGAUUGGCAUGUGGAGGCCAUUAUGGUGCUUCCAAGACUACGGCCAAGGUUCUACAAUCUGGAUUUUUCUGGCCUACUUUGUUUAAAGAUGCUCAAGACUUUGUUGCAAGAUGUGACCCUUGCCAACGUACAGGAAAUAUCUCUAGUCGAAACCAAAUGCCCUUGAAUAAUAUUUUGGAGGUGGAAUUGUUUGAUGUUUGGGGUAUUGACUUCAUGGGUCCGUUUCCGGCAUCAUAUGGGAAUUUGUAUAUUUUGGUUGCAGUGGAUUAUGUAUCCAAAUGGGUCGAAGCAGCUGCCCUACCCACGAAUGACGCCAAGGUUGUGGUCCGAUUUCUACGAAAGAAUAUUUUUACAAGAUUUGGGGUCCCUCGUGCAAUUAUUAGUGAUGGAGGUACGCAUUUUUGCAAUCGUCAAUUUAACUCCCUUCUUGCAAAAUAUGGCAUCACCCAUAAAGUGUCUACUCCCUACCAUCCGCAAACUAGUGGGCAAGUUGAAGUUUCGAAUAGGGAAUUGAAGAAAAUCUUGGAAAAGACGGUGAGUACCUCUAGGAAAGAUUGGUCAUUAAAAUUGGAUGAUACACUAUGGGCUUAUAGAACGGCGUUCAAAGCGCCAAUUGGGAUGUCACCAUAUAGACUGGUUUUUGGGAAAGCAUGCCACCUUCCGGUGGAAUUGGAGCAUAAAGCGUUUUGGGCUAUUAAAACGCUCAAUUUUGACAUGAGUUCGGCAGGGGAGAAGAGGAAGUUACAAUUGAAUGAGCUAGAGGAACUUCGAAAUGAAUCGUAUGAGAAUGCGAAAAUUUACAAGGACCGUACAAAGAAGUGGCAUGACAAGCACAUCUUGAAGAAGGAAUUUUAUGUAGGUCAAAGUGUUCUCCUCUACAACUCCCGGUUGAAACUUUUUCCUGGGAAACUUCGCUCUCGUUGGUCUGGACCAUUCACGGUGUUAACAGUGUAUCCUUAUGGGACAGUUGAAAUCAAGAAUGAUCGUGACGGUACAACUUUCAAAGUUAAUGGCCAUCGACUCAAACCUUAUGUGGCAGCUGCAUUUCUUGAGGAGGAAACCACUAUCCUCCUUGAUGACCCCAAGUAAACGCACCCUAAAGUCGAGCUAGUGACUCU